UAAAGAGUGAUACCCCAAAUACUUAUUACAGUUGUAAUCAGUGAAAUAGUUUGAUUGUAAAAUUAAAUGUGAUUUAGUCAUAAGUUUAUAAGUAAUAAACUAGAAUUAAUUUUUUUAUUAACAUUUACUGAAUUUUUGCAAAAAAUGUUGUUUAGAAGGAUUGGUAAUUUUUUAACUACAAAUAAUCAUGCAAGAAAUAUAAUUUCGCGAAAUUUAAACUUAGUACCAAUUGUCGUCGAGCAAACUGGCCGAGGAGAACGAGCUUAUGAUAUUUAUUCAAGAUUAUUGAAAGAUCGAAUUAUAUGUCUUAUGGGAGCAAUAACAGAUGAUGUUUCGUCAUUGGUGAUAGCGCAACUAUUAUUCCUUCAAUCGGAGAGUAAUAAAAAACCGAUUCAUCUGUACAUCAAUUCACCAGGUGGAAGUGUGACAGCUGGAUUAGGAAUCUACGAUACAAUGCAGUACGUUCUUCCACCAAUAGCAACCUGGUGUGUAGGUCAAGCCUGUUCAAUGGCAAGUUUACUGCUGGCUGCUGGUGCCCCCGGUAUGAGACAUUCUCUCCCCAACGCAAGAAUUAUGAUUCACCAACCGUCUGGAGGAGUUCAAGGACAAGCUACUGAUAUCCAAAUUCAAGCGGAAGAAAUUUUAAAAUUGAAGAAACAAAUUAAUCAUCUAUACGUCAAACAUACUGGUCUUGAUAUCUCGAGAAUAGAAAAUAGCAUGGAGAGAGAUAAAUUUAUGUCUCCAGCGGAUGCUAAAGAGUUCGGGAUAAUAGAUACAAUUUUAGACCAUCCAACACAAGAAAAAGAUGAAAAUAGAAGUUCACCAUCAAGAACUGAAAAUGUCAUUCAUGUUUAAAUGUGGUAAUAAAUUAUAAGAGUAAUAAUACAAAUUAAUGGUUUUAUCAAUUGUUAAUAUUUAAUACAAUAACAUAAAAAUAAACAUUGUUAUAAACUAUUUCAUCAUUAGUUAAUUUUCAUAAAUUUAUAUUAUAUUUCUAAACAGUACGAAUUUAACUGCAUAUAAAAGAAAAUUUCGUUCAAAAGUACAAUAUAAAAUUUUUUUUAUCACCAUACAAAUAUUGAUAUUAAUAUUUGUAUUUUAUUCAUGCUAACGUUCUCAUUAUCUUAUCAAAAAAUAUAUCACGUAACAAAACGUUUGGCAAAAAGACAAUAACAUUUUGAUAUUAAUAAAAUGGAAGAAUGAAUAUUACACUAGAUAGUUAUCACACAAUAUUCGCGACAUAACACAAAAUAUUAUAUAAAAGAAAAAAAUGAAUAAAUAAAAAAAAGUCAAAUCUCGUAUUAUCGAUAAUUCAAUAGCUUGCCUUCUUAUGCUUACUCAUUUUUUUUUUAUAUUUAAUUAUUUAUACUUUUCAAUACCUAUAUACUUAAGUUAACAAUUAGUAGAUAAGAUAAAAUAAACAUUAAUUAAUAAAAUAUUUAAAAACAAUAUUAUUACUGUUAUAAACUCAACUUGGGCAAGUUAGGCAUACAUAUUAAGCUCGCGAAUUUAAUAAUUAAAUGCCCAAUAGUUAAAACGUAAUAUGAUUGUGGAAGACUUUUUGCAAAAGUGAAUGCCCAAGACUCCACGAUUGCUUUAAUCUUUUAUAUACAAAUUAUUUAUUAAUUAAAAUGUAAUUUAAUUGCUUUUAAUUAACCAAUUAAUUACAAUAAUCUUUUGUUUGAUAAAUUUUUUUAAAUAUCAACAACACUGGCCAAAUAAUUUAUAAAUGAAAAAUAUAUUCCUAAUAAUCUAGUAAUUCAAUCUCCAUUUUAUCAAGUAAUUAAAUAUAAUAAUGAUAAUAAUGCGGAGAUAUUUAAUUAGUGUAAUUAAUAGACACGAUUCAAAAUAUC